AUGUCGCUGUGUCUUCUAAAACCCUCAUUUAGGGUUUAUAUAUCGUUGUGCUUGUUGCUGUUGUGUAUCUUCACCUUCUUCGGGUGUAUAAGCAGCUAUGCGUUCACCAGGAAGGUCGCGCGAGACAACAACAACAAUAUCAUCAGCAGCAGCAUCCUCAGCAGCAGCAGCAGCAACAUUGGCAUAGGCCAUUUAUCUCCUUCUCUUGCUGCUGCAUCAAAGAAUUCUCCUUUUGUAUUCUUAGAAGAUCAAGAAGGAGGAGAGACCGAGAAAGAAGGCGCAGGAGAGACAGCAGCAGAAUCAGCAGCAGAACUACCAGAAGGAGGAGAAGGAGAAGAGGCAGAGACUGCAGCAGGAGAAACAGCAGCAGAAACAGAAGCAGAAAGACGACCACCAGCACGUAAAGGAGGACCACCAGCAGCAGCAGCAGCAGGAGCAUCAGCAGCAGCAGCAGAAGAGGAAGAAGGAUUCGAAGAAGAAGCAGAAGAGGAACGACCCAUCAAGAAAAAACCACCACCAGCAGCAGCAGAGGCCCCUGAAGCUGCAGCACCAGAAGCAGCUGCUGCAGCUGCAGCACCAGCACUGCCACCAGCAGCGGCAGCUCCUUUAGCUCCUGUUCCUGUAUCUGAAUUUACACCACAACUUGGUUAUAGUGAUGGAGCUGAACUUUGUUACUCCGUCUCCUGCCGUAGCGUCCUCUCUGGCGCUAGUCCUUCUCUACCCAUCAAAGGCUGUAAGAAAUCGAUAAAGUGUGGUGGAUGUAAACCUGGAGGGACGCCCGAGGGAAAAUGCAACGAAUGGAAACCACCGAGACAGCCAGAAGUACUCCUUAGACAUGGGGCUUACUAUGGAACCAAGCGUUUAUCUCGCUCUGGCUCAAUAGAUUUAGCCAUAAAAUGGGAAUCAGAGAGUGUUCCUCUAGAUUUUUCUCCCUGUUUACUAGAUGUUAAACAGGCUACUCUAGCUGGAAGAGAACUUAGAGAGACAGGUAACGUCCGUGCCUUCGGCUUUCAUCGUAUGGUGCAGUUAACAUUAGCGGUUCUUCGUAUUCCUGAGGAGGGAGCCGAAAUUGGUCCGAUGCCAAAAAUAUCAUUUGGAAUAAAAUUGAAUGAAGGGUUGGGAAUGUCGAGAGCUUUCUCAACUGUCGCUCGACCUGUCGUUACACCCGCGUGUUUCGUUCCUGAACACCGCAGUAAUGUAUUGACACUCCAACCUCAGGAAGCAUCAUUUGUUACCGGUUGGUUUUCUGUGCCAAAGCACAAAACGUAUCGUCUUUAUCCUCGCAAUUUUACAAUUCGUUUAUUUUGUCAAUCUGUGGCAGAAUGCCAAUUAUCACAAUUAUCUAUUUGUGCUCGUCUUUCUUGUCCAAUUUCUUCUCCUGAUAUUGAAAAAGAAGUUGCUAUGGCAGAAGAAGCAAUGAAACAUCCUGUAGGGCCAAUGCCUCUUGCUGCUCCUGGUGCUCCUGCUGCUGGUGCUGGUGCUCGUGGGGGAAGCUUGCUGAUGCAGCCGCAGUUGCAGCAACAGCAGCAGCCACGCGUACAACAAGUGCAGUUCAGGGGUCGUUAUGGAGUUGUGCCUGCUUGGAUGCUUUCUUCUUCUCCACCACAAGCAGGAAAUUGGAAAAUUCUCUCUGUUGCCUUAGCCGCUGUCUCCUUCUUUUUAUUCUUUUAA